AGCUCGUCAACACCGAUUAACUGUCUCAGACUAUCAAUCGGUAGAACAGAGACUGCAAGACUGGACAAUUUCACAUCUACUGAAGACAGGCAAUUCAUAAUCAUGAAGCUUCUACAUUCAGCCUUAACUGUGGUCACGGUGAUUGCCGUUAUCUGUAACGUUGUCGACUCCGCUAAGAUAUGUGCUUUCAACAUCCAGGUCUUGGGAAAGACAAAAAUGGGUAAACCGGAAGUCGUUGAAGUCCUCACAAAGAUAAUCAAACGAUAUGAUAUGGUUCUUAUCCAAGAGAUACGAGAUGCCGAUCAAGUGGCAAUCUAUCAAUUGCUCGAUGAAGUUAAUUCAGCUUCUGGAAACCAAUAUGCAAUGGCACUGGGCCCACGUGUGGGGAGGACCUCUAGUAAGGAGCAGUAUGCUUACUUCUAUAAGCACAGUGAAUUCCAAGUCGAGGGAAGUUUUACAUACGUAGAACCAAACGACGAGUUCGAGAGGGAACCUUACGUGGUCAACUUCAAGAGCUUGAAAUCAUUAAGUGUCUCUGACUUUACGGUUAUUGGACUUCAUGCUAAACCAGACGAUGCUGUAAAUGAGAUUGAUUCACUUACCGCUGUAUACGAAGAAGCUGCUAACAAAUAUGGCACUGACGCCUCCAUCAUCAUGGGUGAUUUGAAUGCUGAUUGUAGCUAUGUUGGUCAGAAUGACUGGGAUGACAUCAGUCUUUGGAAAGACAAUAGAUUUGAUUGGCUUAUUUCUGAUAAUGCCGACACCACGGUCUCGUCUACUAACUGUGCAUAUGACAGGAUCGUACUUGCUGGUAUCGACGCGGGUGACAGAAGUUCAGGAUUCGUCUUCAACUUCCAGUCAUAUUAUGGGCUCACUCAGGAAGAGGCAAAGGAUGUCAGCGAUCAUUAUCCUGUUUAUUUCGAUCUCUACUGAUACCACUUUAUACGUUUGGACAGUUUCAUUGAUAAUGGAUAACUCUAAUAAUUCAACUUUUGAUCAGCUAUAAACUUAGUCGUAAACACAAUUAAUGGAUCAGAGUAAAUAUAAUAAUCGCUAGAUUUAUGCAAGAUUAUGCUAAUAAUUAAAUGAGGAGGAGGAGGAUGAAAAAGAGGGUGAGGAAAACGAUGAUAAUGAUGAUAAAAUACAGUCUUGUAGUAAUGAUAGCAAAUGAUGAUAUUCAUAAAAUAAUAAGAAGAAUUCUAUCAGAAAUUCUAGAUCAUCGAUCAUCACCAUUAUAGUGAUUAUCAUAAUUUUCUCAUUCCUUCCUCAUGACUGUGGAUGAAUAUGUUAAUAAAUUCAAAUGAAAUCAAAACAAAUGAAUUGAAAUCAGAGACCUAUACUAUUUGUUUAUUAUGUACCACUCAUAAUACCUUUAAUCGGGCAUACGACAAUAUUUCAUGCUAUUAUACCAAGCCGUGUAAAACAAUGGCUACAGUGAAUCUCCAAGACGUUCAUAUUAAUGAAUAUUCACCUAUAUAAAGUGUGCUUAAAUAAUAAUUAUACGUGUAAUCGAUAAUUUCAAAAGAGUGAUUAAAUUCCAAUCUGUGCAACAUAAA